AAGAAAUUGCAGCGUCGUUGCCCGCGCAGAGUUGUUUUGUGUUUUGUGUGUCCGCACACAAUCAAGAUAUAAAUUUUUCAUUUUAAAGCGUGCCAAAAUAUUAAAAAUAAAAUAAAAUACAAUGCCCCGCGCCAAGGCCACAAAAAAACAAGUAGAGGAGCCUUUAGCUGUAGCUGCCGCCACAACAAAUGGAAGUGUCGAGAAUGAAAACGCCGGUAGUAAAGAUGCUGAUGAUGCCAAGGUGCUAACGAAGGGGAAGCCACGCGCUAAAAAAACAACCAAGACAACUGCAGCAGCAAACCCGGAGCCAGACCAAGAGGAAAACUCGAAGCCCCCCGCUGCACGUGGCGGCAGGAAGAAGCAGUCUAAGGAGGAAGAGGAGAACGUCGAAAAAGUGCCGAAGGCUCUAAAAGGACGUAAGCAGAUGGCAAGUAGCGAGCCGGAGGUAAUUGAGGAAGCUGCACCAAAAGCUAGCAAAGCAGUCAAGUCUCGGGCCAAAAAAGAAAAACAGCCUGAAGAGGAAGUAGAGGAAGAACCAGCAGCAGCUCCAGCACCACCCAAGGGACGCGCCAAGAGAGGAAAAGCGACAGCUGUCGAGGAAUCGGCUCCAAAGGAAACAAAAGCGCGGGGACGUAAGAGGAAAGACCCCGCAGAAGACGCUGAUGCAGUGGUGGAAGAAGCAGAACCGCCAAAACAAAGAGCGAAAAAAGAUCAACCACCCUUGAUCGCGCCAGAGCCAGCGCAGAAGGCAAAGGAAAAUAAAUCCGAGACAACAACCAAACGGGCGCGAGUUAACAAGCGUCUGGCCGAUUCGGAAAUUGCUGAGGUUCUUGAGGAAGAUGAUGUGGCUCCAGAGCCACCAAAGGCUACCAAUAAGCGUACUAAGAAAGCGGCGAAAGCUGGGGAAAACGGUGUUCAAGCUGAGCCUGUGCCUGUAGGGGAUUCCACGGAGGAAGCUAAAGCCGAUGCAGUGCCCACAAAGGCCACCAACAAGCGAACUAAAAAAGUAAAAGAACCCGAAGCUGUGCCCCCAGUGCAGCAAAGCCAACUAAGCAGCGAGCCAAAAAGGAAGCCAAGGAGGAACCCGAGCCAGCUGCCAGCAAAAAAACGGGCACCGAAGGCCUCCACCAAAAAGGAGAGCGAGGAGGAGCUGCCAGAGCCGGCGGAAAGCAAACCAGUUCGCGGUCGGAAAAAAGCCGCCACCAAAUCGGAAGAAGCGAUUGAAGAUGAUGCGAUUGAUGGGUCGAAAACAUCCAAGGAGAAGGCCAAGAAGGCCGAGAAGGCUGUAGAAGCAAAAGUAAAUUUGGAUAAAGCUGACUUCGCACUGCCAGCUGAAAAGGCAUUCAAUUUAAAAAUCUGCAGCUGGAAUGUGGCUGGCCUAAGAGCAUGGCUCAAGAAGGACGGUCUUCAGGUGUUGGCUCUCGAGGAGCCAGAUAUAUUUUGUCUGCAAGAAACAAAAUGCUCAAACGAGCAACUGCCCGACGAAAUGACCAAUGUGCCGGGCUAUCACCCGUAUUGGUUGUGCAUGCCAGGCGGCUAUGCUGGGGUGGCCAUAUACAGCAAGAUUAUGCCCAUUCAUGUCGAGUACGGCAUUGGAAACGAGGAGUUUGAUGACGUGGGACGCAUGAUAACCGCAGAGUAUGAAAAGUUCUAUUUGAUAAAUGUUUAUGUUCCGAAUUCGGGCCGCAAGCUGGUUAACUUGGAGGCCCGCAUGCGUUGGGAGAAGCUGUUCCAGUCCUAUGUGCAGAAGCUUGACGCUUUGAAGGCGGUCGUUAUUUGUGGCGAUAUGAAUGUGUCCCAUAGCGAAAUCGAUUUGGAAAACCCGAAGACAAACACCAAAAAUGCUGGCUUCACCAAAGAGGAGCGGGAUAAGAUGACGGAGCUGCUUGGCCUAGGAUUCGUGGAUACCUUCAGGCAUUUGUAUCCCGACAAAAAAGGCGCCUACACCUUCUGGACCUACAUGUCAAACGCACGGGCUCGCAAUAUAGGCUGGCGGCUCGACUAUUGCAUUGUCUCGGAGCGGUUUGUUUCGCGGGUAGUGGACCAUGUGAUGCGAAAGCAGCUCCUUGGCAGCGAUCAUUGCCCAAUUACUGUAUUCUUUAAUAUUUAAAGUUCAUUCCAUCUUCGUUUGUUUUAUGUUUUUAUUUGUAUGAUGUUUACGUCCUUUUUUUCCUUCAUAUAAUUGUACCGCCUGUUGCAUUUUGUUAUAUGCGGCGUACACCUACGUAUACAUUUUGUUGUAGAUCGACCCAGCUCGGUAUUUAAAUAUAAUUAAACUUAAUAAAUUCCUCGUACAAAGU